GCGCCGUUGCCAAGGCCCGGGGAGCCCGCGAGCGAGCGAGCGCCGCGUCCCUUGGAGAGCGCCGGAGGCCCCGAGCUCCAGCCGCCGCUUCCCCUCCCCUCCCCUCCCGUCGGAGGGAGGAGCCGCUGCAGGUGUCCGUGCAAAGGGCCCCAAAGAGGUAUGCAGGAAGCAAAGAAACGUGAAGCCAUAAAGUUGAAAAAUGGAGCAACUGGAACUGGAAGCAGUGGUAAGAGACUGUCUUCAGGCUCUCGGCUGAAAGAGAAAACAGAAGAGAGACAGAAAAGAAAGACGCUCUCUGCUUCGCCUGCUUCUCCUGAUCCUGUCAUUAAGCCACAGCCCCGGCCCAGUGACCGGCUUAAUCCCAAAACGAUUGAUCCGUUUGGUGUCCCGUCCAAAGCUCCCUCGGCCUUUGCUGCCAUUUAUUCUAAAGGAGGCAUUCCUUGCAGGUUGGUCCAUGGCUCGGUGAAACACAGACUGCAGUGGGACUGCCAUCCCGAAACCCUUCCAUUUGAUCCUCUCCUUAUAACUUUAGCAGAGGGACUGAGAGAGACGAGGCAUCCAUAUACGUUCGUAUCCAAGGAGGGCUUUCGAGAGCUGCUUUUGGUGGAAGGAGCGGCUCAGAAAGCGGUCCCGCUGCUGCCUCGCCUCGUUCCCGUGUUAAAGGCUGCUUUGGUCCAUUCAGAUGGGGAAGUAUUUGAAAGAGGGCUGACGGCCUUGGUACAGCUGAGUGCUGUGGUUGGCCCUGCGCUCAACGACCAUCUCAAACACCUGCUUUCAAGUCUUUCCAAGAGACAGAUGAGCAAGAAGUUCAAAGAGCAGACGACAGACGCUCUGCAGAAGUUGGAGCAGUACGGAGGGAAGGAAAGCUUGGCUGUUAUAAAAUCUAAAAUUCCAACUUAUUGUUCAAUUGCCUCCUGAAGAGAGGUGUGAAGAAGAAUUUAUUUUGGAACUGUCUGUUUUCUUGUGACUACGAGACACGGUUCUGUCAUUUCUCGGGGCGACAAGGAACGAUCAAGGCUCACGUGAAGAGUAAAUACGUUCAAGGAGCGUAAUUAUGGAAAGCGCCAGCAAUGGUAUAAUCUUUGCUGUUCAGUACUUCUAGCAGGAGUUGCAAAUGAGCUCAUCUGGUUUAUUAGAUGGGAUAAUGGAGUCGUGUGUCUUUGUCAUAUGCAACUAUCCAGAAAAUAGAGAUAUUUGCUGUGUAGGUACGUGUUUUUUAAUUAUGGGAUAUGUUUACUAAAUGUGAUACAUUAAACACUGAGGGUUUGAUCCAGCUCAAGUGAAGUACUAUUAAGACUUACAGAUUCAGUAGAAG